CGGCGGUCUGAGGGACGGCGUCGGGCGCUCUUUACGGCAGGCGGCGGUCUGAGGAGUGGUUGCGCUUCGCGGAACCGUCGGGAUGAAGCUGACCACACAGGCUUACUGCAAGAUGGUGCUGCACGGCGCCAAGUACCCGCACUGCGCCGUGAACGGGCUGCUGGUGGCCGAGAGACCGCCGGGGAGCCGGGGCCGAGAGCAGGCCGGGCCGCCUUCGCUAUUCGUCGACUGCAUCCCGCUGUUCCACGGCACGCUGGCGCUGGCGCCGAUGCUGGAGGUGGCCCUCACGUUGAUUGACUCUUGGUGCAAAGAGAACAGCUACGUGAUAGCUGGAUAUUACCAGGCGAAUGAACGCGUGAAAGAUGCCAGUCCAACCCAGGUUGCUGAGAAGGUGGCUUCCCGAAUUGCAGAGGGCUUUAACGAUACAGCACUCAUCAUGGUUGAUAAUACCAAGUUCACAAUGGAGUGCUUGGAACCUGCCAUUCACGUGUACGAGCUUCACGAGAACAAGUGGAGGUGCAAAGACCCACAUGUUGAUUUUUGUGAAGAUUGGAGUGAAGCUCAGAGAAUUGCUGCAUCUCUCUUGGACAGCAAGUCCUAUGAAACACUCGUGGAUUUUGAUAACCACCUGGAUGACAUCCGGAACGACUGGACAAACCCAGAGAUCAACAAAGCUGUCCUCCACCUGUGUUAGAAGGCUUCCUACUGACUCACGUUCCCACUACGUACUGAAGAGACAAAGAUGAUAUUUUUGAAUGUAAAUAGAAUAAUAUUCAGUACCUGGUGUGGAAAGCUGGAGGAUUAAGAGUGACACAUCACAUUGCCAAGGGUGAUGUGCCUAUAAGCUGUUGAAUCCUUGUCGUGAGGUUCAUUGGCAGAGCUGCACACCAUCAGUUCCAGCUGUCCCCGUGGAUGCCUUCCUGGUUGCAGUGAAUGUUGCUAUUCCUUCAAAACCAGAACGACUCCUGCUUAUUUCCCCUUGUUCAUAUCACCAAGUUUUCACUAAGCUUUUGUACUCGAGAGAGAGAGAAUAAUUUUUAAAGAUUUAUGAAGAUAGGUUUCAAAAAAAAGAAAAGAAAAAACCAACAAGCAGCAAACAAACCAGUUUUGUCCUCAGAUGAGGUAUUUUGAGGUCAAAUAUCAAAAGUUAACUGUUUCAGGGUUGGUUUUUUUUUUUGGCCUGGCUGGAAAUGGCCUUUUUUCACUGCAGCAUAAUGCAUACUGCUGAGGAUGAUGUGCCAUGCUCAGGUGUCACCUGAUCUGCAGUGGUUUUGCAUGACACAGCUACAGAAAAUGCACUAGGGCUGUAUUCCCAAAUGCUGCAGUCAUUUCUGCUGACCCUGGACACACAACCAUGGUUACUGCCUGGAAAAGUUAAAACACAAAGUAAAAUCGGAUGCUCACCUCGUGUGAUUUUUUCUGUUUGGUUUGAUUUGAAGCCUGAAAUGACGAGAUAGAAUGAAAGCUCUAAAACCCUUUUAAGACUACAAAAGGAGAGGGUGAAAUACAGUAUUGUUUCUAUGCAGCUUUUUUUUCUGUCUGUCUUUUAUGCAGUUCUGAUUUUCAGCUGGUAUUCAUUUAAGUAAGCCUGAAACACACCUCUGAGUUGAAGGGAAAUGUCUGUAUCAAGCAAUCCAGAUUACAUUUUGUUCAGCUUUUAGCUGUCUUUCUGAUUCUUGCUUGUUUCUAAGGGUAAGUUCAGUGGGCAAUGAGGAAGCUUUGUAGCACUGUUUCCCUCCUAUUUUAGGAUGAAGAUUUGAACUCAGUGGCUUUGUUUGCCUGCCUGCUAUGCAGCAGUAAGUUGUGAUGGGCUUCACAAGAAGCACGGGCACAGUCAGCAGUCUUUCCAAAUCACGAGUCUGAUAUGCUGGCAGGAAAGGAAGAGAAUACAUAUCUAGCUCAGAAGCAGCAAGAUGAACACGUUGUGGUGCCUUAUGCUACACAGCCACAACUCUAUUUCACACACUGAAACAACAAAUCCUGGAAGCAGCCAUGACCCAGCAGCGUAGGGCUGAAGUAAGCCCUGCAGCUCACCCUGCAGGAGGAGGACUGUUGUCUUCCUUUGCAAACACCUCAAGUUCUGCCCCGUUGUUGCAGUGGCAGGUGUUGCCUUAUCAGGACACCUAGCUGUGUGAGAUGGUGAACCAGUGCUGCAGUGUAAGCUGAGCCACAGGAAAUCCAUUUCUCAUUCUCCGUAGCUAGAUGUCAUAAUCAAGCUUUGAUUGUAUAGAUGCUAAUACGGGCUAAUCUCCCCCCCUUCACCCUCUCAAAGUGUGUAUAUCAUCAGGCUGCAACCUGAUGGAAAGGGUGAAUGCUGCCUGUGACCAUCAAGACUCAUUGCUGGAAGGGGAGCAGCUUUCACUGCUUUGUCUUCAGUUUGCUUUCAUACGAGAUGCUUUGAGUGUUUUGCCACCUGUAAGGACGCAGGCUGACCUCAAGCAAAAGGAACAAGCACUGCAGUGCUCAGAUCUUAUCACGCCUGUCCUGUUUGCAUUGAAGGUUGGACCAAAAGCAGCCAUUUCAUAAAGGCAAGGCGGCUUGGAGCCCCAGUGGCUCUUUGUGGAAGAAUGAGGAAGCUGCCAGCUUCUGAAGGCUGUGUUCUCCUUCCCUGCUGAUGUCCCCAGCCCACCUGUCAGAACAAAUGCUGGUCGCCUGGCUGGCAGAUGUACAGGAUUCUUCAGAGGAACUCAAGUGAGCAGUGCUGGAGAGCCAGGAGCAGCGGCGAGGCCCCGAGAAGAGGAUGAGAACAUGGGGCUCAAGUUAUCCUGUCUGAAAGGUUUGAAGAUGUGUGUGAGCAGCGGGAAUGGCAGCACCGGGACCCCAGAGCCGGAUGGGAAGCACCUCCACGUGCCCUCCAUCAUCGUCACACCACCCACACCCACAGGGACCAUGUUGUGCAGGGACACACGGAGGGCGACGGGGGGGACGUCACCACCCUGCAGCCAGUGCUGAGCACCCAGAGGGGACACCGACAGCUUCAGUACUGCUCCAGGGCUGAAUCCUGCCCUGCUGGGGGUGAUGCUUCCUGGUGUGCUGCUUCGCUGGAGAGCCCCAGGAGAAGACGGCGUGCAAAAGCAGAUGGAAAUUUAAUUUUUUAAUGACAGCAGCAGAUGGCAAAAGACACGAAAGUGUAUUCACACCAUGUCAGAGCCAUUUAUAAAGUGCCUGGCGGAGCUGCA